GACCUGCGGUGGGAAGUCUGCAGAGGUGGUUGGAGCUGCGAUGACUUUCAGCUCCAGGUUUCUGUGGCUCCUCAAGACAUUAGCCACGAUCUUAGGACUUGCCAGUGUUGUGUUUGUGGUCAGAAGUGUGUUCCUUACAGCGGAGCUCGGCACCUUCAAGCGAGAGAACCCAAAGCCCACGUUGGUUGACCCAGUGCUGAAACUUCUACCAGAGGAGCACCUGAGGAAACUCUUUACUUACAGCGAUGUCUGGCUCUUCCCCAAAAAUCAAUGUGACUGUGACUCUGGCAAACAGCAGAUGAAAUAUAAGUAUCAGAAUGCCUAUAACCUGAAAGACCUUCCAGCUGUGAAUGCCAGAAGACAGGCAGAAUUUGAGCACUUUCGGAGGAGAGAAGGGCUGCCUCGCCCACCACCUCUGCUGGCUCCACCCAACCUUCCCUUCGGAUACCCAGUCCAUGGUGUGGAGGUGAUGCCCCUGCACACAAUUCUCAUCCCAGGCCUCCAGUAUGAAGGGCCAGAUGCCCCAGUCUAUGAGGUCACCCUGAAAGCUUCUCUGGGGACACUGAACACCCUUGCUGAUGUCCCAGACAAUGAGGUUCAGGGCAGAGGCCAGAGUCAGCUGACCAUCUCCACCAGACAUCGGAAGGUCCUGAAUUUCAUCCUUCAGCAUGUGACGUACACCAGCACAGUGUACCAUCUCCACAAGGUGGACGUAGUGAGUGUGGAAUCCAAGUCGUCAGUGGCCAAGUUUCCAGUGACUAUCAAACAACAGACUGUACCCAAGUUGUAUGACCCUGGACCUGAGAGGAAGCUCAGAAACCUGGUGACCAUUGCCACCAAGACUUUUCUCCGUCCCCACAAGUUUAAGAUCCUGCUUCAGAGUAUUCGAAAAUACUACCCAGACUUAACCGUGAUUGUGGCUGAUGACAGCAAGGAGCCCCUGGAAAUUAACGAUGACAACGUGGAGCUUUACACCAUGCCCUUUGGGAAGGGCUGGUUUGCUGGUAGAAACCUGGCUGUCUCACAGGUGACUACUAAAUACGUCCUCUGGGUGGAUGAUGACUUUCUCUUCAGCAACAAGACCAAGAUUGAGGUACUGGUGGAUGUCCUGGAGAAAACUGAAUUGGAUGUGGUAGGCGGCAGCGUGCAGGGAAAUACGUUCCAGUUCAGGCUGUUGCUGGAACAGAGCGAGGAUGGGGACUGUCUUCACCGGAGGCAGGGAUCAUUCCAGGCCCUGGAUGGCUUCCCCGGAUGCGUGUUGACCAGUGGCGUUGUAAACUUCUUCUUGGCUCACACAGAACAACUCCGAAGAGUCGGUUUUGAUCCUGUCUUGCAACGAGUGGCCCACGGAGAGUUUUUUAUCGAUGGGCUGGGAAGCCUGUUGGUGGGCUCGUGCCCAGGGGUGAUUGUAGACCAUCAGGAAAGAACACCAUCAAGGGAUCCGAAGCUGGCUGCCUUGGAGACGUCUUACAGCAGAUACCGGGCCAACACCAAUUCUCAGGUCCAAUUCAAGCUAGCACUCCACUACUUCAAGAACCAUCUCUACUGCUCCACUUAAAAGUACAAAGAACAGGAAACGCAAUACACAGAGUGGCUGUGGGCAACAACAACAACAACAACAACAACAAAAUAGUUGGACUGGACGUAAGGGGGUAGCAAAAGCAGACUCCUAAAAAGGUGAACAGGGAGCAAAGUAGCUAGAAGCUGGAGCU